GGGGUCUUGGAGCAAGAAGCGAGAAGAGAGAAAGAAAGGCGAGAUGCGGUGCACGAGGAUCGAGGCCUGCACCAGUCGACACCUCACGUGCGCCCUGAAACAGUCGCCCUGACAGAGUGCCUUUCCGACCCGUCGUCUCCACCAUGCACCAGUUGUUUAGGGCAAUUGGCACGGUUUCCUGUCUUCUCCCCUGGAUCUUGCUGCUCAGCGGAGCAAGAACAGCGGCUGCAGAUAAUGUGGAGCCAAGCAAAAGGUACAACAUCUUGCCGAGACGUGCCGCAGUGCCGCGUGGUCGUCUUUACCUCAAUGACGCGAUGAUCAACAUUUUCUCACAGCAGCCCUCUCUGCAAAAUGUGCCUCAGUCCCGCGCAGACAUGGCGCCAAACGCUGCUCCGUUCCACGCGGCGCCAAACAAAAAUCCCCUCUUCCUGCGCAGCCUGAUCAACUCAGCUUCCAACAAACUGGUGCACGGCGCCUUCGCAGGCAAACGCUUUGACGCGCCGCCCGGCUCUCCCUUCCUGCCCCCUGGUGGCCCUCUCGGGUCCCCCGGCGGCCCUCUCGGUUUCCCUGGCAGCCCUCUCGGAUCUCCUGGUGGCCUUUUCAGGUCCCCUGGUGGUCCUUUCGGGUCCCCUGGUAGUCCUUUCGGGUCUCCUGGUAGUCCUUUCGGGUCCUCUGGUGGUCCUUUCGGGUCCCCUGGUGGUCUUGGAGUCCCUGGCCAGGGGCUGCCGCCCCAAGCCUUCGCCGGAGGCCCCCUGGCAGGCGCUGGCCUGCAAUACUUCCCCCAGCAAAGACCCUUGGUGCCCCAUCCGGCCCAGGUCGCCCAGCCCGCGGGCCAAAAGUUGACUCAGAAGGAGUUCCAGCAAUACAUGAAAGCGGCUGCUGCGAGCAAACACGUCGACACCGACAACUACCUGACAAAGGACCAGUUCCAGGAGUACCUCAAGUUGGCCACCAGCGACAAGAAGAAUAAGAUUAAGGGGGCGCAGAGCACCCUGACUCCUGGAGAGUUUGAGAAGCUAGUUCUGGACGCCCAGCAUGACUUGCUCAAGGGCAAGCCCAACAAAGGCAAGCUGAAGACCCUGACCCACGACGACUUCAGGAAGUUCUUCGAGAAGGAGAAUGGCCGACCCGCCGGCAGCGCUGCGACUCCCGGCAAGAAGCACAAGAGGGGCCACUACUCUCCGUCGGCGGGCUCGUUCUCCUCCUCGGGUUCCGCGUCCUUCUCGGACGAGUACUCCUCGCCCCCGAAAUAUCUGCCUGCGCACCCUCCCAAGUUCGAGUCCGAGUCAGAAGUUUACCCUGAGGUCUUUCCCGCCCACCAAAUCGAGACCGAGGACCAACUGACCAAAAGGUCGGUCUUGGACGCCCUCUGGAGAGCCUUCCAGGCCAUCACCGGCGGAGCUUUGACCAUCGGCGGCCACCUGGCGCGCGGAGGCGGCGCUCUGCUCGAGGCGAAAGGAAAGUUGAUCGCCAGCGCUGGACCGGUCGUGUCCGACUUUGGACGGACCGUCGCUGCCAAGGCCGUUGCUCCCGGCUACUCAUCCGUCCACUCUCACGUAACGCCUUAUCAUACCUACCGUGACUACGUGGAGGAAAGCCACGCUCCGCAAUCAUCCCUGCUGCAGACGGCCUACGACGUGGCCUCCUCGCUCAAAGUGGCCGCUCUCGGCACGACCAAGGCUGUGGCCGACCUCAUCUCCGAGCUGUCCAGCGCCUCUGCCAAAGCGUACCUGCUCAAAGAUUGACCACACCACACUUGUGCCACACGAAAUCCACUUAAUUAAAAUUAAUUUAUUCUUCCCCUUAUUCGCUAACAGAGUGCGAGAUUGGUCCGACUUAUUUAAUUAUUCUUCUACCGCCGCGUGACUUAAAAAUCUUGUUGGUCUAGUCAUUUUUAUGUACUAAUUUUUCGUUUCGUUGCAAGACUUUGGUGGUGAAAUAAACAGUUUAUCGUUUUUUAGAGUA